CACAAUUUCUGCGCAUGUCUGUGGUUGUGAACUUAUACAUUCCAAAGAGAAGCAUAAAACACAACCUGCGAUCAAGAAGCGUUCAUAAUCUCUGGAAAUGCGAUCGAAGAUUCCAACGAUCAAUUCGGUGGUCUGCUAGAGUAUGAAUAUGUACCCGUUGAAUUGGUACCAUAGAUAGCAUGAUGGACCAAGCUACAAAACGUAACAAAGGGGACCGACCUUUUUACCAGCCACCCGAGAAUAUACCUACAAGUGCUGAAAUAGUCAACGAUGCAAGACAAUCAAUUGGUCGUCCUUUGCAAGUUGUGAAGACAAAACGACCAUUCACUCCACGUGAAGAUAGGAGGUCAUUGUUUGGACCAACUAGUACCAGAAACCCAGAAACUAGGCCACCAAGUGCCUUUAGUCUUACAUCACGGCAUUUUGAUGGAGUGGACUCGAGACCUGCAUCUGGUACUAAGCUCAGCCCUCUUCCCCAUAGACCAAGUUGCACAUCUAUCAAUGAAGAACAAACACCACGCCUGCCCACAGAACCUGAUGUUGAGGUUCUCCUUCCCCCGAAACCCCCUACUGACCCCAACAAGGCAAGUAGGAAGGUACCUCGGGCCCGUGUCAUCCACAGCAACAGUGUAGAUGCUUCCAGUCCUGAGUCCCUAGGGAUCAACAAAAGUGGUUCACUCACUGACCUGUCAAAACAGACAGAGGGCAGUACCACUGACUCCAACCGUAGGACUCACAGUGGGCCUAAGGAGAGAACACCUAUCCCCAAGGAAGAGCGUGGAGAGGGCGAUGGUAAAGAGAUGCCCCAUAGGGCCCCUAGUCAGGCUUCAGUUAGGAGUCCUCCCAGGAGUGCCAGCAGCAGAGAGGUGGAGAGUAGAGCCAGCAGUGGAGGUACUAAGAGGACAUCUAGUGCAGGAAGCACAGGGCGAGGAGGCAGUGCAGGUAAACGGGAUGCUGAGGAGUCACAGGAGGAGACAAUGUUUUAUACCCAGAACAUUGCCCCACGCCUGGAGGAGCUGGUUCACCUGGGUAAAAAACGAGAAGGGGAGAAGCUAUGCGAGUGUGCUGACAGUUUAUACAAGUUACUACAGAGGGAGAACUUGCUCGGUAAAAAUUGUAAACAACGUUCCACCAUUCUCAAGUCUGUGUUCAAAUUGCUUGACCUGGAGGAGCCCAAAGUCCUACUAAGAGUGGCAAGACUCAUUCUCGCUUUCCGUGUGAGUGGUAACAACCUUUUAAAUGUGUGUAAACUAGUUUUUAAAGUGAGUCGUAAUGAAAAGAACGACCCAGAAUUUCUACGAGGAAAUAUAUUAGAGUUGUUGUCAAAGACGUUGAGUUGUACUGACCACACAUCGUCGUGUGAAGCCCUGAUAUAUUGUGUGGGUGCCAUCAAGUUCCUGACUGGGAACACCACCAUCGUCAAACAGUUGGUCAAAGAGAACUGUAUAGAAGGCCUGGGCCAGCUGUUGGAUGGCAUCAACAAAACGAAUAGAGAAAAUGGAAAAGUUAAUGAACAACUUGGACAUAUUCUUGUACAGCUAACUGCAGCCUUAAGAAACUUAGCAGAUGCCAACUCCAGUCGCGAGAAGUUCCUCAACUGUCAUAUUGUGGAGGGCCUAUGUACUGUUGUGGAUACAUAUGCUGUUGAUGGAGACCUCAUGCUCAACAUAUCGCGUAUAUUUAGUAAGAUCACCUUACACACAGACUGUUGUACUGUCCUCGCAGACCAGCCGUCCUCAUACAAGUCUUUCAUCCAUUUGCUCAACAAACAUCUCCAGAAAUCAGAUAUGGUUGUACGUGUGUGUUUUGUACUGGGGAACAUAACUGCCAAAAAUGACGAGGCACGAGUGCGACUGUUCCAGGAGAAUAAAGCCUUUGAUGUAUUGCUGUCAGUAUUAAAACUUUACCUAGAGAUGGAUCUCAAGGCACAAGGAAAGGAAGAGAAAUCAGACGACGGGGAGAGAGGCAAUAAACUUAAUAAAAGGGAAGAUGUCAUGAUCAAGGUGGUCCGAGUUAUUGCCAACCUGUCAAUCAAUGAGACUGUAGGUCCACUCAUAGCUUCCAAUGCACAGUGUAUAGAUCUUCUACUCAGCAUUCUAGAGUACAAGGAUAUACCAACUAGUGAGGAGCUGGUCCUUAACACAGUGGCCACUAUCAACAAUCUGUCCUACUACAGCGUCAAGACUAGCAUCAUCAGCCAACAGCAGAUGAGGGUUAUUGAAGCACUGUUAAAGCUAGUUCUGGCAGACAACAUGGAGGGCAUGAUUGAGGCAUCACGUGUGUUUGGUAACCUUACACGACAGAAGACAGUCCGUGACUUUCUUGUACAGCACAAGGUCGAUCAGAUGAUGGUGACAAUGUUGGACUCGGGAAACCGUGAGGUAGUAUACAUCUCUUGUGGUGUCCUCAUCAACUUCAUGGUGGACGAAGAAAAACGCCCAGCCCUCAAAAAGGAGGGAGGAGUCAAAAAACUGAUCGAGGUGUUAAGAGACUUUGGACGGACGGACUGGGAGCUGGCCAGUUUGGUCUGUCAGAUACUUUGGAAUUACAGUGGAAAAAUCACCAGUACCAAUGCCUGUUUCGGGGAGCAGGAAGCCCAGGACCUGCUUGACUUACUCAUUGAAUACACAGACCAAGACUCGGCUUUGGACUCUUCCUUUAAAGAUGAGGAGACGGACGAGGAAAUGAAGAAGUACUACUAUGAGACAUGGCGUGAAUUUUAUCCUGUGGCUGAGCAGCUAUUGCAUCGCCUGGAAACACACCAAUCAGACUUUGAACCACUGGAGAAUCCUGGGGCUCCAUGAACAUGGAGGCAAAUGAUGAUGGGAUUGUGAGCUCUACUACGGAGACUCUGUAAGGGUGAACAAACUGAGGACCUUCCAGCAGGGAACCUCGGCAUAACCAGCUUCAUGUUCUAGCUUUGCGGUGAUAGCCUAGUGCUGUGUAGAUGUCUGCCAGGCGUAAUGAGUACAAACAUGCUGGUAUGUUUGGCUCGGUCUCAUAAGGAAUGCUAGAACUGCUGAACAGUGUCCUUGGUCAUAUCUGGAACAUUCAUUGAACUACAGAAAGAUGUAGGAUUGCUGGAAUAAUGCCUAUAAAAUGCCUAUAACGAGUUUGAGAGUGAGCCUAGCUGUUGUAUUCAAUCAUGGACAGCCUGUUCAGUGAUGGACAGUUCAGUGAUGAUGUUUUCAUGAAUGAUGGACAGAAUCAUGGAUCUAUUGAUACUCAGUAGACCUUAAUAUCAUUCCAACAAAUCUGUGAUAAGAUGGCUCGAGUGGAAUUCAUUUUCAGAAAUUGCUAGGGGGAAAUCCCUGCCAAUAAUAUUAAAAGCAUUCAACAGAAUUCCUGAUAAUCUUGAAACAUUCUUACCUAAAGAAUAGCUUAAGAUAUUUGAUACUUUAAAGAAAAUCAAGUCGUCAUAAUAACCGAAAUUCAAGUAGAGCUUGUAUACUUAUUAUACAUAACUUGUCUAGAAAUCUCAGGUUUGCUAAAAUCUUUAUGUGGUGUUGUUUUAUAUGAAUCCGUCCAUGGUAGUGAUUUGUCUCAAAGACACCACAUGUUUUAUGCUUUAUAUUUCUAACUAAGUCAUCUACUCUCCAGAGUCAGACGUGCAGUGUAAAGACCAGAUAAUAAUGUACUCCUGUGUAGAUUAUGAUAAUGUUCAGUGACCCAUGUAAUUUAGGAUGUGUGAAGAGAGUGGGAUAUGUUAACAGGAGAAUGUAGGUUUUUUACUAGAGAGUGUAUAUGCUUGUUGCCUGAAGAGUGUAUGUGGAGCAAGUAAGGAGUGUGAGCAGGUUUUAACUAUUACCUAUACUGUAUGAAACCAGUGGAAAGUUAUAUAUAUAUACAGUAUUGUUAUAUAUAAAUGAUGUAUAACUUCCAUUUUCACUUUGACAUGUUGAUUGUACAUAGAGUACUAUUUAUUUGUUUGUUGUGUUGAUGAGAUCCCUAAUCACACAUACACCUGUGUGCUGCACCAUUUCUAUUACCACUAUAUUACCCAUCAGUUUUGUUUGCUCCAUGCAUGCUUCUCAGUCUCACUAGUGCCCCUUAACAAUCUGUGAAUGUUCCACUAUCUACCCUUAACUUUAUCAAAUAUCCAUGACCUUCCCUAAAUCCCUACUAUACACUAUAAAUUUUAAAGGGCAUAAUCAUUUAACAAGACAAUCUUGAUAAAUACUACCAUUUAUAGAAAAAUCUCCAUGGUAGUGUAACACUACAUUUACUUGGUAAUACUACAUGUUAUCUAUAUGAUGGGAGUGACCUACUUAUAUCUGCGAUAUAAGAUCUAGAUAAACCAUAAAAGCAUGUAUGUGACCACAUCUGAAAACUCCGUCCAGUAUUAUUUGUAUGUGUCCUAUUUAUUUACAUUGUGCAUAGGCAUCUGCUUCUGGUUAGUAUUGAUAGAAAAAAAAAUCUGAUCCCCUACUCCUACUCUAUCAACAGAUGUAACACUUGAAUAUCUACGAUGCAUCGACUGUGGAAUGGAAGUAGACUUGAUUGGUCGACAAUUAUAGUUUAUAAUGUUUAUAGAGCUGUUGACCAAUCAUACCGCUCUAAAAUAUACAGACUACUUCCGCCACUGUCGAUGCAUCAUCAGCUAUCGUGAUCGC